AUGUUUUACCGUAUUUCGAUCCUUCUAGGUAUUUUAACACGCAAUGAAACGUAUACAUCUCCGAUGCUUUCAAUUCAUAUUUAUCGUCAAUCAUCAAAGAAAACUGCAGUAGAUUAUGCAAAAGCACAAUUUUCAAACAAGAAGAAGUUUGAUGGUCAGCUUGGUCCUCUGACUACAUUUAAAGAAGAACAUUUGUCUUCCGAUGAAACUGUUCUUAUGAUUCCAGUUGAGGAUGUUAUCAAUAUCUACUAUACGUCUGAUGUAAAGAAGAGUGUUAAAGCAGAGGAAUAUUCACAUCUUGUGCCUGUAGUUUCAGGAAAAGGAUGUUGUUGUAGCUGCUGUAAAAGUGCUCCACCACCAGUACGCCAAUCUGAAAUAGUGGAGGCAAAGAAUGCACAACGUGUUAUAACAAUACAUCUUCAAUAUUCAAAAUACAGUAAUUUGGAUACGGUAUCAAAUGCACGCAUUCUUCCUGAAUCAGAUCGUGCAGAAUUCUACAAGAAACAGUUUCGACCGUAUGAGCAAUUGCAGUUCUAUCUAGUUCGGAAUGCGGAGUAUGAUGCAACUAACUUUGAUCAAAAGAGAGAGCAAGCUGAAAAUCUUUGUCGUAUUAUUAUGCAGCUAAAGGGAAUGAAUGGUGGUGUUACUAAUAGUAGUGUGCGUCUUGUUACCAAAGAAGAUGUGGUGAUUCCUGCUGCUUCUCUACACUAUCCAAGUCCACAAGCGCUUCAGCAAAUAUUGAAUCAGCCGUAUGUGGGUAUCUUUGGUGAUGCACAUCAGGAGCGCUUACAUUCAAUUCAGACACAUCAAGAUUUUGGAACACAUGUACCAGUACCGGUAAGGACAACGGUUGUAACAAGGGCAGCAGUGCGACCAACAGAAACGCCAACAAAAAACGAUGACUAA